GGACCAAUCAUGGUCUAGAUCACGAAAUACUGUUGAGAUCUGUGGCGGGAAGCACAGGCAGUGCAUAAGUGUGGAGACAGCGACUAUCGUAACAACAUUAGCUAACGUAAUUUUGUCACAAAAAGUACUGGUUACACACGAUGGCUGUUGAAGUUGUGGAUGACAGAGAGAUGAGGGAGGCGCAAAGAGAGUAUUUGGAUUUCCUUGACGACGAUCAAGAUCAGGGUAUCUACCAGAGCAAAGUGCGGGACAUGAUCAGUGAGAACAAGUUCCGGUUGAUUGUGAACAUUAACGACCUACGACGUCGUAAUGAGACCCGUUCUAUCAGGCUGCUGAACAGAUCAUUUGAGGAGCUGUUGGCCUUUCAGCGAGCCCUGAAGGACCUGGUGGCUUCAGUGGAUGCCACAUAUGCCAAGCAACACGAGGAGUUCUUCAUUGGCCUGGAGGGCAGCUUUGGCAACAAGCAUGUCACCCCCCGCACCCUCACCUCUCACUUGCUGGGCAGCAUGGUCUGUGUUGAGGGCAUUGUCACCAAAUGCUCACUGGUAUGUCCCAAAGUGGUGCGUAGUGUCCACUACUGUCCCGCUACCAAGAAGACCAUGGAGCGAAAGUACGCUGAUAUGACCUCCCUGGAUGCCUUCCCAUCCAGUGCCAUCUACCCUACUAAGGAUGAGGACAACAACCCUCUUGAGACAGAGUUUGGGCUGUCCAUCUACAAGGACCACCAGACAAUCACUGUCCAGGAGAUGCCUGAGAAGGCCCCAGCCGGCCAGCUGCCCCGCUCUGUCGACGUCAUCCUUGAUAAUGACCUUGUUGACGAGGUCAAACCCGGCGAUCGGGUGCAGGUCAUCGGCACCUUCCAGUGCUUGCCUGGGAAGAAGGGCGGGUUUACCUCCGGCACAUUCAGGACCAUCCUGAUUGCCUGUCAGGUAAAGCAGAUGAGUAAGGACAUGUCCCCCCUGUUCUCUGCUGAUGAUGUGGCCAAGAUCAAGUCCUUCAGCCAGUCAUGCCCCAAGGAUGUGUUUACCCAGCUGGCCCGCUCCUUGGCUCCCAGCAUCCAUGGGCAUGAGUACAUUAAGAAGGCCAUCCUGUGCAUGCUUUUGGGAGGGGUGGAGAAAGUUCUGGAAAAUGGUUCACGGAUCAGAGGGGACAUCAAUGUGCUGCUCAUAGGUGACCCUUCUGUGGCAAAGUCUCAGCUCCUGCGGUAUGUGCUGCAUACGGCCCCCCGGGCAAUCCCCACUACUGGCCGUGGCUCCUCCGGAGUAGGUCUGACUGCCGCUGUCACCACUGACCAGGAGACCGGUGAGCGCCGUUUGGAGGCAGGGGCCAUGGUUCUUGGUGACCGGGGCGUGGUGUGCAUCGAUGAGUUUGACAAGAUGUCCGACAUGGAUCGCACUGCCAUCCACGAAGUGAUGGAGCAAGGUCGCGUUACAAUUGCCAAGGCAGGGAUCCACGCCCGUCUCAAUGCCCGAUGCAGUGUCCUCGCAGCUGCCAACCCAGUCUAUGGCAGGUAUGACCAGUAUAAGACCCCUAUGGAGAACAUCGGGCUGCAGGACUCCCUGCUGUCGCGUUUCGACCUGCUUUUCAUCAUGUUGGACCAGAUGGACCUGGAGCAGGACAGUGAGAUUUCAGACCAUGUGCUGCGCAUGCAUCGCUACCGCAACCCUGGGGAGGAUGAUGGCACAGCGCUAGCUCUGGGCGGGACGGUUGAUGUUUUGGCUACGGACGACCCAGACAUGGUUGAGGAGCAGCAGGAGGAGCUACAAGUGUAUGAGAAACACAACAGCCUGCUGCAUGGGAGCCGGAGACGCAGGGAGAAGGUGGUGAGCAAGGAGUUCAUGAGAAAGUACAUCCAUGUGGCCAAAGUCAUCACACCUGUGCUGACACAAGAGGCAGCUGAUCACAUUGCGGAGGAGUACUCCCGACUGCGCAGUCAGGAGCAGCUGGGAUCAGAUGUUGCUAGGACGUCCCCUGUGACAGCGAGAACGCUGGAGACGCUGAUCCGCCUGUCCACAGCUCAUGCCAAGGCUCGCAUGAGUAAAGCUGUGGAGCUGGAAGACACAGAGGUUGCGGUGGAGCUGGUGCAGUUUGCCUACUUCAAGAAGGUCUUGGAGAAAGGGAAGCGGCGAUCUAGGCAAGAGGGCCGGGACACAGAAUCUGAGGAUCAGGAGGAUGACGAGAAGCAAGAAGUGUCUCAGCCCCUGAGGAAGAGGAGUCGCCGUUCUGCUGAAAGGAGACAUUCUCAGGGAAGCGAUCCUUAUGACCCGUAUGAUUUUACAGCGCAGGAACUUCCUGAAAGUCCCACAGUUGAAGCCGGAACCCGGAGGACCAGCAAAGAGACGAUGGAGGCCACAGAACAAGCUGGGCUGAUGCCGAUGACUGCAGACAGGUUGAAGGAGUUUAAGAUAGCCCUGCUGGAGACCUUCCACUCUGCCCAUGCGCAGUCUGUCACCAUCAGUGCCCUGAUGGACACCAUCAACAAGGGCAAAGAAACGCCUUUCUCCCCAGCUGAGGUGCAGGCUGCUCUGGACCGCAUGCAAGAUGAUAACCAGGUCAUGGUGUCCAGCAACAUCAUCUUCCUCAUCUGAGAACGAGGGUCGGAAUAAGCCUUGGAAAUAUCUGAUGGUCCUGCAAAUUCUCUGGCUGGUUUAGCCCAUUCCUUUUUUCCAAAUCCCACUGCCUAAAUCCCACUGCCUUUAAAGGUGGUAAAAUUGACCUCUAAGCAAAUCUGGUAUAUAGUUAUAUGUUUUAGUUAUAUACUACCGUUUUAAGUAGAGAACUUUGGAUUGCUCUGAUCUUUUGUAUAGUCCUUUUCCAUUAAGACUCAAAUAGCGCUAGUUUCUGCCAUGAAGUUGUUUUGAUUUUGAAUGUGGCUUUCUUUUUCUUACCCCCCGCCCCCUCCUUACCUUGAUAUUUUUGAGACUGUAACCAUUACAUUACUGGCAUUUUGCAGAGCCAAUUACAGUGUAUAUAUAGGUACUAAGAUCAGGGAUCAAAGUAUAGUUGUCCCUAAAUUGUCCUAAUGAAGGGCAUCCUAUUGAAUGCAGGAGAUUAUGUAGCUACUCAGAUGUAGGGGAUGAUUAGGUGUAGCGAUCAAUUCCAUAUUAUACAUCUCUUCAUUUGGUCUUCCUACCACCAGCUAGUUUAAAGGGGCAGUUCACCCAAAAAUGAAAUUAAGCUUCAUAUACUCCAAGACCCUUACCCUACUAUAGCAUGUGAAACACCAUCUUUGGGUGUCAGUAUGAUCUUAAUGUUUCUGUUUAUGAUGAUUGUGCUCAAGACUGUAACCUGCUCAACCUAUUUGAUUAUGUACUGUUACAGAUGUUGCAUUCAACUAGUUACUAUGCAUUCUGCCCUUACUUUACACCAGGAGAAGAUGAACCCCUCUGUUGCCCGGGUUCCCCCUGAGAUUUCUUCCCUUUGGGGAGUAUUUUCUUCUCACUUGGGAAUUUUUUUGGGGUUCAGGCCUGGUUUCUGCCCAGUUUUGUUUCCUUUGUGAAGUAUCUUUGUGACCAUUUUCUGUAAAAAGCACUAUACAAAAUAAAUUGAAAUUGAGAAUAUGACCAGGUCACUGUGGUUAACAUUCAGUCUUUCAAAAAGUGCUGUGCCAUCAUCAUCAUCAGAUUCAAGACUUUGGUGUAACAUCUGAAGAAUGGCACCUUCUCCCGCACAUUGGAUUGUUUUGUUUUCAUCUUGUAGAAAGUGCCAUUUACUGACCCACCAGCACCUCUUUCAGCAGCAACUUCAGUCUUUCCUGAUAAUCUAAAAAAAAUACUAAAAAGCCCCAAGAACAGUACAAGUUGUGAUAAGAGAAUUUUGUGGUAUGACUUGGCCUGUUGCAAUCACCUUAUAACGUAUCAUAUUGAGUAUUUUUUAAUUUUUUUUUUUUACAUGAAAUUUUUCUGUUUAAUUCUUUUACAGAAAUGUUGUCUAUGAAAACACACUUGUGUAUUAUCAGUUAUAGAAUGAGGAACCACUUAGUCUGCUUCAGUCUAUGCUUAUUCUAAAACGUGUUUUUAUGGUGGUAUGAAAAAAACUAAUGUUCAUUAAAGAAACCAUGUUUGUU